AUGAUUCAACAAUUAGAUGGAGGUUCAGAGACAACUAUCAACUUUUUCUAUCAGAAACUGGUGUUAUAUAGAAUUAUCUACCCAGUUGAAGGACAACUAGUCGAUUCACGAACAACAACAGCCAGGCAAAGCUCCACGCUUAACAAUUAUGAUGCAGACAGGACAAUAGAUGGAUAUCCGUCGCGUCUGUCAAUGAAUAGUAGAUCAUGUUCACAUACAGGGGAAGGACAAUCAGAGGCAUGGCUACGAAUAGACCUCCGAAAGGUUUACAAUAUAAAAUCCGUCAAAUUUUGGUAUCGUACUGAUAGAUCAAAUUUUCUCGAAAAUACGGAGAGAUUACACGGCUAUUCACUACGGUAUUCUACAGACAAAUGGAAUAUAUGCUACCAAGACAGAACUCCUGUAAAUCAGGCGAUUCCCAUGCCAUCAACAGUGGAAUGUCCUCAUAAGACUCGAUAUUUACUGUUUUAUACUGUUACGCCAGCGGUCAAUGACAAAGAACAGGUCUUCUUAGAAAUAUGUGAAAUUGAAGUCUAUGGAUGUGAGAUUAACCAGUAUGGUGAGAACUGCACGGACUGUGUAGACCGCUGUGUGAGUUGUCAUAUUAUAUAUGGAUGUGUACAAUGUCAGCCACGCUUUACAGGGAAAUACUGUGAAGACUGUGAACCAGGCUUUUUUGGACAAAGCUGUGACCCUUGCGCACGAGGAUGGUAUGGUAGUAAUUGUUCAAUGCAAUGCAGUGGUAACUGUUACAAUGAUGAAACUUGUCAUAAUGUAAACGGCGGUUGCUUGAAUGGAUGUAAGCCUGGAUACAGAGGAGAUAGGUGUUCACAACAAUGUGAAAAUGAGACAUAUGGUUUAAAUUGUCAAAACAAAUGUAGUGGACAUUGUUUUGAGAAAGAAAUAUGUGACAAUGUAGACGGAAACUGUACAAAAGGCUGUGAAAAAGGAUGGGAAGGUAGCCAGUGUUCUAAUGUGUGUCCUGAUGGUUCCUUCGGACCUGCCUGUUCUUCACAAUGUGGAAACUGUGAAAAUGAAACAUGUCAUCAUGUUACUGGAUUGUGUCCAGGCAAAUGUAAAGAAGGAUGGAAAGGGGAUAAAUGUUUACAAGUUUUUGCCUUGAUAACUGAGGACCCUAGAGACACUCCUCUCAGUAUGUUUGUUGUGACUGGAGCUGUCGUAGGUGUAAUGGUGGCUCUUGUACUUAUAGUUGUUGUUAUAGUGAUUAGGGUUCGAAAAGGACAACAACAUUUAGGGAAACCUAACACUAAACAACAUCAAAAGCUAGAAGAUCUCAUGAAUAUGGAUACCCUAACUGAUAAACUAAGUCCUGCAGAAGAGACUCAGAAGAUUGAUGUCGCAGAGGAGUCAACAUAUUACAACAUUGAGACCACAACUAGAAGUAAAGUGGACACUUCCGGUGACAUCAUAAUUGCAGAGUUAGGCAAUGUCAUUGUGUUAAAGAUCAAAAAGGAGUGCAGUGAAUUCAAAAAGGAAUAUGAGGCCAUUCCUUAUGGUGAAGAGGCUCACAUACCUUGUACAGUGGGGAAACGUCCAGAAAACAAACCAAAAAAUAGAUUUAAAACAACUUUUCCAUAUGAUCAUUCUCGGAUUGUCCUAAGAUGUACAGAGAGUGAUUACAUCAACGCAAAUUAUAUUAAGAACAUGAAGGAAGAAAGAGCGUACAUUGCAUCACAAGGGCCUAAACCUAAUACUGUGGCUUGUCAUUGGAUGAUGAUAUGGCAAGAGAACGUUUCUGUGAUUGUCAUGCUGACUAAUCUUAUAGAAGGAAUCAAGAAAAAAUGCGAGAAAUAUUGGCCUGACUUAGACAUGGAAAUGGUCUCUGGUAAAAUUGAAUUACAACUUCUUCAGGAAAAAGUAUAUGCAAACUAUGUUGUGAGAAGAUUAAAAGUAAAUAAUUCAGAGCUAAAAUCUUCCUGUACCCGUAUUGUGACCCAGUUUCAUUACACCCAGUGGCCAGAUCAUGGUGUGCCUGAUCCAUUAAGUUUGGCCGUCUUCCAGAAACACGUGAGGGGAAUCCAAAACGAACAUAAAAACAAUCCUCUUCUUGUUCACUGCAGUGCCGGGAUAGGGCGAACAGGUACUUUUAUAGCGUUGGACGCUUUGUAUCAGCACGGUCUGGAAACAGGGACCGUCAAUAUACAGAAAUAUGUCAAAAUGAUGAGGAAGGACAGGAUGAGUAUGAUACAGAAUUGUGAGCAAUACAUUGAACUGUACAAUGCUCUCCUGGAAUCCUUCAAAGGUGGAAGUUAUGUUAUAUCCAAGGACAGUCUUAUGAAUGAUGUUAGAGAAUUAAGUAAAUCAGACGGGUCUGUUCUUACCAGGAUACAGUCAGAAUUUGAGAAGCUGCAGUCAAUUAAAAAAUUCUACAGUGUUGAUGAUAAGAAAGAGGGAUCAAAAUACAAAGAGCUCAACAUGACAAGGAAUAUAUUACCAGUGGAUAAAUAUCGGGCAAUACUUAUGUCAAAUGUAUUGGGAAGGGGUAAUUAUUACAAUGCAGUGUUCUUGUCAACAUUCACAGAUAGGGAUAUGCUUAUUGCCGGCCAGUACCCCCUGUCUGGUAAUUCUGUAGACCUGAUCCGUCUUUUACUCGAUCAUGAAUCCAGCAUCGUGGUAUUUGUAAAUCGUCUUUCAGAUGUUCCAUCGUCAAGUGAAUGGUUCUCGGAGAAGACAACAACAUUACAUCCAUACGAAAUAAUUAAAAAAGACACGUCCAAUGUUACCCAGACCAUAAGAAUACAUGAUCUUAAGAUUCGUCAUUUAGAAGAAGACACCUGGCAUGCAAUUCAUCUCUUUGAAAUAAUGUCCUGGAGAAUUAUAGACGCUUUGCCAUCUGACGUCAACACUCUAUCUGACGUCGUAAGACAUAUUCAGAUGGAUGUUGCAAGUCAGUCUACCAAAACACCCAUCACUAUUUUGUCCAAAGAUGGUGCAACUGGUUGCGGAGUGUUGUGUGGUGUUUAUAACGCGGUGCAACAACUUCAACAAGAUGAUGAGGUUGAUAUGUUUUCAAUUGUCAGGCAGCUACAGAUACGGCGACCGGAAAUGAUUUCUACAUUAGAGGAAUACCAGUUUUGCUUCAGAGCUGCUUCAAAUAUAUUGUCAGAGAAUUCUUCAGACGUUUACAGCAACGCAGAAAGUGUAUAUGCAAAUACAUAGGUUUACCACUCAUUUCAAAACUUGUGGUACAUACUUUUGGGUAAAGAAAAGGAAUGAAUGUUUCAUUUUUCAAUUUUGUCUUUUAAAUAAACAUUAAUUUGUGUUAAAGUUCAUCAUAUCUCUCUGUUGAAUGAUAUAAAAUAUUACUUUUACAGUAAUCACAUUCCAAGAGAAAUCUACUUUGCAGUUUCUAACAAAAAUGCACAACAGUUCAGCAUAUCCUGAGAGACAUAAUUUGUCAGAAAUGGCCUUUUCUACUUGAAAGUCUUUCAGGGGAGUUACAGUAGUUAUUUAUCUCAGUAAGAGGUAUCUGUCUUAUAAACCCUGGGAACUAUUCUUCGUUAAGAGUAGGAAGUUUUUUUGUGUCUGUGUGUUUUUAAACAUACUAUCUUAAAUGAUACUCAGGUAGAGAAGAGAACAUAAUAAAGUCUUCUUUCAUGAAGAAAGUGGACGGUAUUCAAAGAUCAAUGUUAUGUGUAUGACAUAAAAAUCUACAAAAGGACAAUUACUAGGGUAGUCCCAGAAAUACGAGAACAUUUUCAGUAUUUUUUGUUUCACUAAUAGUAUAAAGUUAGAAAUUGGCAUGCAUUAAAUCAAUAUUUUUAAAUAAUUCAUAGAAAUUUCAGUAAAAUAUCUCUAUAAAUAACAUUUUUCUCUUUGGUAAACGAAAAACGAAUCAUGAAAAAUAGCUGCCGGUGCAACACCGACGACGUCAAAACGUAGCUCGUGGAGUUUUUGAAUCUGUUCACGAAUCGUGCGUCUUUAAAAAUUCGUUCGAAGCAAAAAUUCGAUACUGCAUUUUUUUCUUUUAGUUACAGAGUUAACCAUAAUGAUUUCACACGUACGACAGUUAAGAAUAAAUCAAGGAAUAAAUUCUUUUAUAGACAAUUUCCCAACCCCGAUCAUAAACCUAACUGCUCGAAUAACGUCCAGCUCUACCUUUUCAGUUUUUCGUCAUUUUUGUUGGACUACCAAACGCUUCUUCCAUCGGAUAACCAGUCCAUUCAUCUUUGAACCUUUUACUAUGUAUAAACCUGUGAUCGGAACAUGUAUUUGUGUCGUUGCCUCGUUCCCAGCCCUUUUUCCGUAUGAACAAGAGUCAAACCCCGCUCCACACCACACAGAGUGAUAAUUGGGUGCGCCGCAUUAUCGCUGGACGUCGCCGUUUUUGGCAAUAUCUAAUUAAUAGUGUUUGUGCAUAUAACGUCAUAUUUUUUGUUACUUAUGAUGUCAGAGUAUUGAUUUUUUACACACCAGUACGCUUGAUCAUAAAGCUUUUAAGGAUAUAUAUUUUGUUACACUAUAUUUCCGUAUAGCCUGGUAAUAACGAAAACAUUGCUUUCAACGCUAUUUUUUUAAGUCAAGAAAUUGCCGCGCGUUGACCACCAAUAAUAAACACCCUUUAAAUGUUGUUUAUAAAUGCAAAUGGCAUUGGGACUUUAUAUUACUCAGCCAAAAUGACAAAAAAAUAUCAUUUCCCAACAUUAUGCCAAAAGUGAAAAAAAAAAUUGGUCAGGUAGUUUAUGAAAUAUUUAAAAAGUUUGUGUUUUUCUGGGACAACCGCGUAUAUAUCAUUAUUCAAUUUAGAAGUAAAAAGGAAGCAAUCUCAGUUUAAAACCCAUUUUUUAAUCUGUAUUACUACAUGUAUGUUAUCAUUCAUCAAUCAUUUUGUUUUCUACAAUGAACGGAUUUUAAUUUUGUUGAAUUUCUUUUAUUAAUAAACAUUAUCUCUCUAAUUUACACUAA